UUUUAAAGUCUGAAAAUAACUCAUUUGUAUACAACUUCAGCUGCUGGCGGGAUGGAUUUAAAAAUACUACCCAGCUGUUAUUCUUGCUUCCGUUUCGGUAGCGGCAACAGUCGGAUAUGAAUUUGCCUAGUUACUACUGCGGUUUGAAUUGGUAAACACAACCCGCAGCUCCGGAUGGCUCGCUCACUCGCCGCUUGGCUGCUGAGCCCCGCCCCCUGGCCCCUAUUGGUCCAGGAAGCGGCGCCGGGCGCGCGCGUUCCGUUGCCCGGAUGGCCCGAGGCUUCCGGAGCUCAGUCCGCCGUCGGUAGGGGGCGCUCGUCACAGAACUCUGCUUUGUUAACCGGGCCUCCGAAGCCGGGGUAGCCUAGGAGCGGCCGUGUUCUGCGUCCGGGACUGCGGUCGCUUCGUUCAAACUCCCGAGCGAGAUGGCCGCUCAGGCCCUGGCCGCCGGGCCUCCGGGCUCCCUGUGAAGGGUCGGAGGAUGCGCGGGGAGUAGCAGCGGUCUGCUGGCGAGCGGAGACGGACACCCCAGGGACCUCUCCGAUCCCCCGCGCUUCUCCCCGCGCGCCUCCAGGCCAAUGUGCAAUACCAACAUGUCUGUGUCUGCCGAGGGUGCUGCAAGCACCUCACAGAUUCCAGCUUCGGAACAAGAGACUCUGGUUAGACCAAAACCAUUGCUUUUGAAGUUGUUGAAGUUCGUUGGAGCACAGAAAGAUACGUACACUAUGAAAGAGAUUAUCUUUUAUAUUGGCCAGUAUAUUAUGACUAAAAGACUGUAUGACGAGAAGCAGCAGCACAUUGUGUACUGCUCUAACGAUCUUCUAGGAGAUGUGUUUGGAGUCUCCAGUUUCUCUGUGAAGGAGCACAGGAAAAUAUAUGCAAUGAUCUACAGAAACUUAGUGGUUGUAAGUCAGCAAGACUCUGGCCCAUCGAUGAGUGAGAGCAGAUGCCAGCCUGAAGGUGGGAGUGACCUAAAGGACCCUGUGCAAGCGCCACAAGAAGAGAACCCUUCUUCUUCUGAUUUAGUUUCUAGACCGUCUACCUCAUCUAGAAGGAGAGCAAUUAGUGAGACAGAAGAGAACACAGAUGAACUGCCUGGUGAACGACAGAGAAAGCGCCACAGAUCGCUGUCCUUUGAUGAGAGCCUGGGUCUGUGUGUGCUGAGGGAGAUCUGCUGUGAGGGAAGCAGCAGCAGCAGCAGCAGCAGUAGCAGCAGCAGCAGUAGCAGCAGCGAGUCCAUGGAGGCCGCCUCGCAGCAGGAUCCUGAUGAUGGCCUAAGUGAACAUUCCGGUGACUGCCUGGAUCAGGAUUCAGUUUCUGAUCAGUUUAGUGUAGAAUUUGAAGUUGAAUCUCUUGACUCGGAAGAUUACAGCCUGAGUGACGAAGGGCACGAGCUCUCAGAUGAGGAUGAUGAGGUCUACCGGGUCACCGUCUAUCAGGCAGGAGAAAGUGAUGCGGACUCUUUUGAGGAAGAUCCUGAAAUUUCCUUAGCUGACUAUUGGAAAUGUAGCUCGUGCAGUGAGAUGAACCCGCCCCUUCCAUCACACUGCAACAGAUGCUGGACCCUCCGGGAGAACUGGCUUCCAGAAGACAAAGGGAAAGAUAAAGUGGCUAUCUCUGAAAAAGUCAAACUGGAAAACUCAGCUCAGGCAGAAGAAGGCUUAGAUGUGCCUGAUGGCAAAAAACUGACAGAGAAUGAUGCUAAGGACUUGUAUGCCGAGGACCCUGAGGAGAAAGCCACACAGAUGCCCCUGUCACAGGAGAGUGACGACUAUUCCCAGCCAUCCACCUCCAGCAGCAUUGUUUAUAGCAGCCAAGAAAGCGUCCGAGAGUUGAAGGAAGAGACACAGGACAAAGAGGAAAGCAUGGAGUCUAGCUUCUCUGUGAAUGCCGUCGAACCGUGUGUGAUUUGCCAGGGGCGGCCCAAAAAUGGUUGCAUUGUUCACGGCAAAACCGGACACCUCAUGUCAUGUUUCACAUGUGCAAAGAAGCUAAAGAAAAGGAACAAGCCCUGCCCAGUGUGCAGACAGCCUAUCCAAAUGAUCGUGCUGACUUACUUCAGUUAGCUGACCUGCCUGCAAAACUAGAAUUUUACAGUUCUAACUAUGUAACUCCCAAAUUAGACAACAUGGGUAUUAUUUUUAUACAUUAAAGCCAGAAAACUCUUCACAUAAAAUUCAUUUGUAAUUUAUCCUUGAGAGUAAAAAUAGUGAAUGUUUCCUUUUAGGGAAAUUUUACUUGAUUAUUUUGUAUUUGUGUUUUAAUGUAAUUUGCAUUUGUUGUUUUCAUUUUCCUUCUAUUUUAGAUAAUCCAUUUGGAAGGACUUGGGGAAGUGUACUUUGUGCAGUGAAAAGUCCUCUCCAUCCCCAUGUCUUGCAGGUGAUGGUGGCCCUUCCUCAGGAGGGGCUACAGAGGAAGUACUUGAUUUCUUUGUUUUUUUUUUUUUUUUUUCAUUAAUAAUAAGAACAUUUAAUUUAUUUAGUAUCUCUUAAAGACUCUGUGAAGGAUUUUAUAUUUAAGUUAUUGAAAUUCUGAAAUUCCUUAGUUCUCUAAAAUGUGUGAGUUGUGGGCUGCAGAGAAGACUCAGCAGUAAAGGCACCUGCUGCAUACACCUGACGACUCACAUUUGAUCCCUGGAACCCCAGAACGAGGGAGCCAUGAAGUUGUUCUCUCAUCUCCAGGUGGACACAUAUACACGAUAUUUUUUUUUAAGAUAUGAGUUUCAUCUAGUGAUACAUAAGUGAACAUUCACACCUUAUUUUCUAGCUUUUUGUCAUAGGAUAUGUGGCACAAGUAUUGCAGUUUGUCCCAGGUUGAAAAGUCUGAGGCCCUUAGUAGCACCUUCUUGCUCAGCUCCAUGGUUCCUGAUGGUUGCCUAAGUUUCAGGCCUGUACUUAGGCUAGGUUUAGAAACCAGUCCAUUCAGAAAGACAAAUCAGAACAUGGAUAAGGUGAACUCAUUUAAAAUGACUCCUCUAUUCAUGUAGAGUGAUCUCUUGAUUCACAGUAAUCUUCCCUUUGAUUGAAGGGUCAUGUCUUUACAUGUCCAAGUCUAGAAAACAACACCUGAACUGUAAGUUUAGAGUAACCAAAAGAUAGUAUGAAGAACACUCCUCCCACACGAUUUAGCAUUUAAGUAGGAGGCUGUGCUUCAGCCAGGGCAUUCUAACUCUGGAGCUUCAUACUCAAUUUACAAUAGAAUACUGGAGUUACAUCCUUAUGUAUUAUUCUUAAGUGUUUGUUUAGAUGUGGUAUACAUACAUUAUUUAUUUGCCAAUAAAUGGUUUAUUGAAUUGUUAUAAGAGAUUUACACA